AUGUCAUCAUUAGCUGAAUCAAUGGGUCAAUGUGUUCAAAUUGGUAUCCAUGAUAUUGGUUUAUCAAUGAUUAAUGAUAUUACUCGAGAAGAAAUGCUUUAUAUAAGUUUAAAUAAAUCUAAAGUUAUUCGAACGGAAACAAAAAGAUCUCUUGUUCAACCAUAUGUCGCUCAUGAAGCUAUGGCUCGUAAAGCUAUGGGUUUUUUCAUUUUAAAUAGAUUAAAAGAAUGGAAAUAUGCAAAAUCAGAUACUUAUGUUGCACAUAUAACCUGUUCAGAAAGUCCAGCAUCUUGGUUAAUGGCUACAUCAAAACGUUUAUUAUUUAUAACGGAAAUCUCAUCUUUGGAUUUAUAUGGAAUUGAUUGGCAAAUUGCAUAUGAAGAUUUAAAACAAGAACCAAUUAUAAAACCAAAUUUAGAUCAAAUACAAAUUCUUACAAAAGAACCAAAAAAAACUGGAACACUUAACUCAACACAUUCUUAUGAUAAAAUGAUCAAAUAUCGAAAUAUGUCUGAAGCUCAAAUUACUAAAAUGAUUCAAACUCAUACAGAUCGUAUAACUUCAAAAGACAGAAACAAUUUCUCUUCUCUUGCAUCCGAACCACAAUCAUUUACACGAAUUCAUACAAUUAAUAAAUCACAUACUAUUCAUGAUUUAUCAUUUGAUUCGGAUACUCAUAGUUUAUCAUCUUCAUCAUAUAAUAAUAAUGAUACAGAAGAUGAUAAUAUCGAUUGGGAACUUAUUACAAAACAACUUGAAACUAAAUUACGAACUUCAACAGAUAUUAUUCAAUUAUCAUCGGAUGAAAAUUAUUAUACCAAGUCACCAUCAACAAAAUCAAAGAACUAUAGAUCUCAUCCAAUAACUAAUUAUGAACCUGCAGACAUUCAACAAUCAUUAUCAUUAUCAUCAUCAUUAUCAAUAGCAUCACAAAAUGAUGACGAUAUGAUUCUUUAUUCAGAAGUAUCUAUGAAAAAACAAAGCAUAAAAACAAAUGAAGAAAAAUCUAUAACAGAUGAAAUCGAAACGAAUCAAUCAACAUUAUCAAAGAAUAGUGAUCAAUCAUCUUUAUUACAUGAAUUAUUUAACGAAUUAAUUGCUUGUCAACAGAAACAAGCAGUUCUAUUAAAACAAAUUCAACAAAUAAUUAAACAAUCAAAACAAAUAUCUUCAUCAUCAUUAACAUUUUUUUUACCUUUAAAUUCAUUAAAUAAUAAUAAUAAUAAUAAUAGUGAAGAUAGUCCAUCUUUACAAGAUGCAUUUCAACAACGAAAAUCUUCAUUUAUUCAACAAUCAAAAGAGCGUGUUAAUCAAAUUUAUCGUCAUAAUACUAAAUAUCAUCAUCGUAUUAUACCAAAUAUAAAAACAACAAACAAUACAUAUUUAAAACAAAAACGACAAUAUGAAAAUGAUCGUUUAUGUGCAAUGAUAAUAAAACAUCAAAAUCGACAGAAUGCAAAAAUUUAUGGAAAUUUAAUUAAAAAUUCAAUUGUAUCAUAA